AUGAGUUCAAGAAAUGGAUCCAAAGAGAGACAAACAAAGGAGAAUGCUAAAUCUUUAUUUUGGGAGCAUUCCAAAAACUUACCACCCUUUUUUGCUGAGAAUAUAUUAUUUUUAGAAAUGGAAGUUGAAUGCAAUAAUGUUACUAUUGAAGUUGUGAAUCAAUUAUUGGAAUUGUACCGAGUAAUUUAGCAUCAUAUAAUGUAGAUUGGUGUGGAAUACUUUGAAUCAAUUAAAAGCAAUAAGUUUUUGAUUUUUAAGAAUAAGACUUAGCAAUUAUUAAUGAAAGGAACAGUUAAUUAGUGCAUGAAUGUUGCAUAUGAAGAAUUGAAACAUGAAACAGCACUCAAAAGGACAUCACAUCCUGAAAAUCCAGAGAAAAUUCCUCCCUUACCUCCAUCGACAAAAUUAGUGAUUGCAUAGAAAUCCCAGAAAUAAUAGGAAGUUGAAAACCAACUCAAAUAUAUAAAAGAGCAAGAUCAAAAAUUGCAAGUUAAUCAAUUAUUAGAAUAUCAUGGAUAUGAGUCUUAACGUGUAACAAGAAUACAUAACAAGUGAUUAUUUUUUAUUAUCUUAGAGCUCUGUAAGAAUAGGAAGACUAAGUGUAGUAACGCUUGUAAAAAAGGAGAAUGAAAUCUGUUAAACUUAAAGGAUAAAUGGAAUGA